UGAAAAUACGGCAGGCAGAUAGCUAGGGAGGAGGGUUGGUUAGUUACGUUGUGUGAACUGAAGUAGCGAGACGCAGUACGGAGGGUGAGCCGUCGGGUUUUGCUUAGUCAGAAUUACAUUAUUUGAGUGUCAUGUGUGUUCUCUCGCAAUGAAUUGGACCACAUGUUCACAAGAUUGAUUAACAAAGGAACGCUGGAGACUGGUUCGGGAAGAUUUCGCAAGUCCCUGGCUGCACCGAGUGCCAGUCUGAGAUCUGAGCCAACGUCCCUCGGAAUAACGUUAGUCGACAGUCGGUCGAAUCGCCCUGCGUUGUUUCUCCGCUGAAGCCUCGGUGUCCCCCACCUACAUAAACCACCCGAACCUACACGGCCAGGCACCUUUCAGAGGAGAAAAUGAACCACCUGUCUCUCAGCGAGCUCUGUUGCCUGUUUUGCUGCCCACCCUGCCCCAGUAAGAUUGCCUCCAAGCUGGCCUUCCUGCCCCCUGACCCCACGUACACCCUGAUCUGCGACGAGAGCGGCAGCCGCUGGACCCUGCACCUGUCGGAGCGCGCCGACUGGCAGUACUCUUCCCGGGAGAAGGACGCCAUCGAGUGUUUUAUGACACGGACUUCGCGGGGCAACCGCAUCGCCUGCAUGUUCGUGCGCUGCUCGCCCAACGCCAAGUUCACGCUGCUGUUCUCCCACGGCAAUGCCGUGGACCUGGGCCAGAUGAGCAGCUUCUACAUUGGCCUGGGCUCUCGCAUCAAUUGCAACGUCUUCUCUUACGACUAUUCCGGCUAUGGUGCCAGCUCAGGGAAGCCGUCUGAGAAGAACUUGUACGCGGACGUGGAUGCCGCCUGGCAGGCACUGAGGACACGGUACGGAAUCCGGCCGGAGAACGUCAUCGUGUACGGGCAGAGCAUCGGCACAGUGCCGUCGGUGGAUCUGGCAGCGCGCUACGAGACGGCGGCGGUCAUCCUGCAUUCGCCGCUGACCUCUGGCAUGCGGGUCGCCUUUCCUGACACCAAGAAGACCUACUGCUUUGACGCAUUUCCCAACAUCGACAAGAUCUCCAAAGUGACAUCACCAGUGCUGAUCAUCCACGGCACAGAGGAUGAGGUCAUCGACUUCUCACAUGGGCUGGCGCUGUAUGAGCGCUGCCAGCGGCCUGUGGAGCCACUCUGGGUGGAGGGCGCCGGGCACAAUGACGUCGAGCUCUAUGGACAGUACCUGGAGAGGUUGAAACAGUUCGUAGCCCACGAGUUGGUCAAUGUGUAGGACUUUCCUUAACGUUUCUAUAACUGUGAGCUACAUUCUGUUUGGUUAUUUCAUUUUUUUUUCCUAUUAUGAAUUGCAAGAGCACAGUAGAACCUGUGAACACGGAUUCAAUUUGCAAGUCAUUUGCCACCCUUGAAACAAUGCACAGGUAUGAUUUGCAGACCUCAGACUGUUUUUGUGCCAGUUUUGCGCUGGGGACGACUUGACCGGCAAGUGUGUCUGUUUAACUGUGGUCAAGACAACUCCUUCACAAGGACUUGGUGUAAUGUACAGGAUUUAAAGUAGUACUGUAUGAAAUGUGAACUCAGUGCCAGUGUUGCCAAAUGAUCAGCAUAUCAAACGGCAGAUUUUAUACGGACACGUUUUUAAAACCUCUCUAAUCUGUACAAGGUUUGCUUCUCAGAAAUAUAAUUUAAACACAUAAAAAUACUUUGACUCACAACUAGUUCACUUUUGUUUCCCUAAGACCACUAUAAAUGCUGGAUAAUUUAAGUUAACAUUUCGUCAUAAAAUUGUUCCUCACAAUAACUUUUAUUUUGGCUUUUGUUUUUGGGUGCCUCUCCUGCUCAUGUGCUAGAACGCAGGCAAACAGAGCCUGCCAAUGCUCUUUCACAGAAGCUAACUGACUGGAUGUGCUGGAUGUUUAAAAUGUGCCGAGAGAUGGGGCUCUUUCUCAUGUUCCAAACUUGUAAAUAAUGUUUGUACUUUAUUUCUUCUGUAUUCCAGUGUACAAUUAUUACUCCUACUACUACCACCAUUAAUUGGUUAUACAGUAUACAUACUUGGUGAAGCUGUUUUUGAUUUGGACAGGGUGGGAAAACAAGCUUCAUAAUUCAUCCUGACCAAUGUAACUUUUUAUUUUGUGUAAUACACCUUUCAUUAUUGAAGGGGAUUCCUGUAUGUAAUUAUGAUAUUGAGAAUAGUUAUAAUUUAAAAAUGAUCAUAGGAAAUAAAUUGUAUUUGAGAACAAUG